AUGAGUUUCGAGAGAUAUAUCCAAUACUUAAGAGAUGAAAAUGACAUUGAUAUUGCUCUUGGUAGUUUAGAUUCAAUCAUUUCAUUAUCUCAAGAUUAUGAAGAUGUACAAAACUCAGUUGUUAAAUUAGUUGUAGAGAAAUUAAAUACUAUUAUUAAAAUAACUUGUGCUGCAUGUUGUUCUGUUGAUUUAAUGCCAUUCUUAAAUAAAGCAAAUGGUGAAUUAUCAGUCAUGGAAAGUAGUGAUGUUAAAUGGCAUUAUACUGAUGGUAAAUCAUAUCAAAUUUGGUUACCAUUAGGUAAAAUACAACCAGCAAAAGUAAGACCAAAUUCAUUUCAAUUAUCACCAUUUCUUUAUUUUCAACCAGAUGUUUUUGUAUUAGCAUUUGAUGUAUCAAAUAUAAAAAGUUUUGAAGAAUUUAAGAAUUUUGAAGAAUGGAAAAAUAUUAGUCAUUAUCUAAUAUGUAAAAAAUUGAUUGUUAUUGGAUUAAAUAGUGAAUUACCUCAUGCUAUUUCUAAUGAAGAAAUUAAAUCAGUAUUACGUCUAAUUUCACAUGAUAAAAUAAUAGUACAAUAUCUUGAAUGGAAUAUAAGAACGUCUCAAAUAAAUGAUUUUAUUUCAUUAGUUGAUCAAAUGAUUCAAAAGAAAUAA